UCGUUGGCCCAAUGGUGCGAGAGGCGACGAUGAUGUCCCUUGAAGGCGCGGAUCGUAAAAGUUUCUGGCGCAAUCUAGCCGGUAAAGUCGGCUUGAAGAAAUAAAACUUCGCUAUAUUUAUGUGGUCGCCGGCCCCCGAGUGACCUCCGUUACGACCACUUACUUAAUGAUGACUACGACUCUGAUGUCACUUACGCUCAUUUCCAGUUUUUUCUAUCUUAUGUUUUGCAGCAUAGAGAGAUACCAUUUGUUCGUUUACUUGGAUACCACUUAGAGGACGACCGCGACGAAAGUAUCAGCCCGCUCUGCCGGCAUUCGCACUGCAUCGCGAGGGUGUUGAUGUGUCGAAUUCGAAAAGUUUAAUUUUUAUUUAUUUUUUUCUCCGAAAAACGAAAACCCCCUUAGAUCAUAAUCUUCAUCAGGCCGCCUCGGCCCGAGACCGAACGCAGCCCCCCCUGCAUAUAUUUCUCUCCCCGGACCAUUUGUCUAAUGUGUUUAGUCCUGGCAUUGCGGAAUAUCGGCGACCUACGUUAUGCAUCUGCACAUACGUGGCUAGGAUCGACAGACAAUACCGUCUCUCAGGACAUCACACAGAUUUGUUCAUUUCCUUCUUGUACCCCUUAUUCAUGUAUACAGAAUUCAUACACCCCAGCCUCUGAAGGGCGGAUACUGUACCGGUUGCGUGUUAGAAAAAAAGCUGCAGUUUUCAAAUCGCGUCGCAUUGGAACAUGGAGAACGGGGCUUGUUAACCUGUUUACCCGCAAAUCUUUACAUUACCGCUUGGGGCGUUGGAGGGAAAGGAAAAGACAAAAAAAAGAAGACCGUAAAGGACCGCCUCCUGCAAUGGCUCUGUGUGCAUUAAUGUAUCUGCUGUACAUCGCUUGUCUAACCGUUGGAGAUCGAAAGAAUAGGAGGAGAACGAUGAUACCACGGAACACAACUACUUUGCUCGGUAUGUGGAUGAGGAGACAAUAUUGGUUUGCUGGAUCAAUCAGCAGUAAUAGCUGCAGCCUCCAUCUAGCGGGUCUUGACACUGCUUGGAAGCGGCAAGGAGAUGUGUUAAAAAUGAGAACCAUGUACAUGAAUAACCUUACCAUGUAGUUAGAUCGAGAUAGCCUCUAACCUGGAUGAAAUAUCCCUGCUGACAGUAUUGUAUAUUCACCAUUG